CUUACAGUUCGCGCUCCAAGAGCUGCGAGCUUUUGAAGCACCCAUGGAAGAAGUCGUUGAGCAACAAUGUAUCAGAAUUCUGCCUCACAAGCUUGUUCUCCAGAAAAAAGAGCCGGCUCUUCAAUGGCUCAUCGGAUCGCCGUUUCUAUCGCCUUUGACUAUCGUCUCCACUCUCAGAUGCAUCCAUCAUUUGUCUCCACCUGAAUCUCUGUCGCCUGAUUUCACCAAGGAAGCAGAAGAGCUGCGGACGUUAUUAUUGAAGGGUUUUUAUAUUAUUGGAGCAUUGGUUGUUGGAAAUUUCAACGUACAAGAACAUGCGAGCAACGCAAUUGAUGCGGCGCGGAGAUUGAGUCAGCUUCUAUCUCACGGCGAAAAGACAGAGAAGCAAAUAUUUAUUGGAGCGGCUGCCGAUAUCAAUUCUACAGAUAUUCACUUUUUCGUCUCCCAGUCUGAAAAUGGCACGAGCUUGGAUUCUGUUUCUUCGGUCAUGUACGAAAAUAAUCCCGAAAAAUAUAUAUGGGAGAGAGGUUGUCUACUCCGAUGCGAAUUGCCGAUUAGUAUACCGCUCUAUUUUCCUCUCGACAGUCCAUCAGAUGUUGAAAAGACGUACAUACAUGCCACGGAAUCGGUUAUUUCCAAGUUGAGAGACUCACAGGUGGUAUAUAUAGUGGAACCAGUAUACAAAAACUCCACAGAAGACCCUUGUCCAGUCAUUCUACGUGGUUCACAAAUGGAUUUUCAAAUUAAUCUGUCAAAGUUUAGGCAUUUGGAUGAUGGCAGCCAAAAUGUUGAUGACAUGUCUUUGCCAUGUGCAAACUUCUGUUUAAAAAGUAAAACUGAGUCCUCAACGUUUUCUUCACAGAAUGCAGAUAUAAUCCACGUAAGUGUUCUUCUAAAUAGCUCGGCAAAGUCUCAAAAAUCUAUUGCACCAGUUGUAAAGUACUUUCCAGCUAUGGACAAGACCAGUCUUUUGGUUGUCGACUUGAAGGCAGAAGUUCUCUGUUAUGCUGCCAAGUUUCUUCCAUUGACUUAUGCUGUUUCAGCCUUGAUCAUUCCGGGUUUAGUUGACCAGUUAAACUCGAUGAAGAAUGCAAUAUUACCCAACCUUGUAAAGCAACUGCCUCAGCUAGUGCCAUAUCAUUUUUGCCCUCCUGGAUUUUUUCAUCCAAUAACUGUUAUCUAUGAACUCACUUAUGGGGAGACUGAAAUGAAGCAAGGUAUUGUGCUUUCAGCUAGGGCCACAGAUCAUCUUACGAGUUCUUCAGAAUUAUUUAUGUCAUAUAACCCAAGUGUUGGAAAUGAGCGUAUCUGCAUUGCAGACAGGUCUUUUGCCUCUGUUGCAGGGAAAGACCAUAUCUCCCCAUUCGACGGUUUAAUUUUGCAUGAUACUUUACAUGUGCCUAAGAUCACUUAUAAUCUAUUUUCUGUCAGUAAAAUUACAAAGGAUUUGAAGUGUAAGGAAAUUUUCUCACCGAAUUCCACUUUGUUUCAGGAUCUGAAAUCGGGGAUGACGAUUGGCACUGCCCGACACGAUAGGGGACUCUACUUCCUUUCUGAAGAAGCUUCCUUUAAAGAUAAUCAUCAAACUGGGUUUAUGUCGUUAAAUUUCUCUGUUUCUGAAAAUGACUUUAUGUGA